GCGCGGUAAGGCAGCCGAACAACAAGAAGCGUUACUCAUGAUGAUGAAGAUGCAAUUAAAGGAACAACAAGAAAUUGCUGAUAGAGAGCUAGAAGAUGCGUUAAACCAACAAUACAUGGCUCAGCAAGAUGAAUCCAGCAGCGCUGAACGCAAGCACCUUGUGUCACAAAUUGAUGAACUGGAAGCUAAACUGGAGGAUAUGGAUUCAGCUCUGAAACAGUACGAAGAAGAGAACAAACAGAUGACGCGAGAAGUUCGUAGCCUUUCAGAUAAAUUGAAUCAAGAACAAGCAAUCACAGACCGUCUAAAACAAGAAGUCAUUGAUGCGAAAGCUGAAUGUGAACGCGAAAAAGGAAUCAACAAAACAGAUGGUUGCUACCUCACAGAAGCAAAUGGAAGAACUUAUGACGAAGCAGAUUUCGAAAUAUCGAGCACGCGAGCUGGAAAAUAG